GCAGCAGCAGCAGCAGCAGCAGCACCAACCGCCGCCACCGCCGCCGUUAUCUGACUCGGGGUCGCUACCUACACCUCCUUCUAAUAACUACAACACGCCGCCGGGGUCGACGACGAGUACGCAAAAUGCACAAGGCGCAAUGAGUUUCCGAAGACAACGUGCUUCGAGGGCAUGUGAGACUUGCCAUGCUAGAAAGGUACGAUGCGAUGCGGCGAGCCUUGGCGUCCCCUGUACCAAUUGUGUUGCCUUCCAAAUCGAAUGCAAAAUCCCACAGCCUAAGAGGAAGAAGACCCAGGCGAACGCGGCAAAAGAUUCGGACAGCGACCGUGGGGAUGUCAUCGAAGAGGCCUCUCCGAAGCCACACAAUGCCGGCUCCUCUAAUAUCUUCCCGGCGCGACCGGCUGUAUUACACUCCUCCGAGGGCGUUCCAACGUCGACAGCCAUAGAAGCCCAAGCUAGGAAAGAAGAAGUUGACCAUGACGCAUACCUCAACUUGGUCAUGAAGCCCAAGUUUACGAGAGCCCCCAUCACUGAGGCUGGCAGGGUAGCCUUCUUAGGAGAGUCGUCGAAUCUGACGCUGUUGGUUCACGAUCGCCAGGGAGAUUCAGAUGUUGUGCAUUACCCGCUUCCCGAGAAUGUGCGCGGAUCCAGGGCCCGCUUGACUGAGCUGGAUAACAUUGAGGUUGAUAUUCUUCAUCGACGUGGGGCUUUCUUACUUCCGCCUAGGUCCCUCUGCGACGAGCUCAUCGAUUCUUACUUCAAAUGGAUACACCCCAUCGUACCCGUUAUAAAUAAGACUCGAUUUAUGAGGCAGUAUCGAGAUCCUAAAAACCCACCCUCGUUACUCCUUCUGCAAGCCGUUCUACUUGCUGGCUCUCGAGUAUGCCAUAAUCCGCAACUCAUGGAUGCGAACGGGUCGACCACGCCGGCCGCCCUGACGUUUUACAAGAGAGCAAAAGCCCUUUACGAUGCUAAUUAUGAGGAUGACCGCGUGACGAUAGUCCAAGCUUUGCUCCUGAUGGGUUGGUAUUGGGAAGGUCCGGAAGACGUCACUAAGAAUGUCUUUUAUUGGAGUAGAGUUGCUAUCAUUGUAGCUCAAGGGUCCGGAAUGCACAGGUCCGUAGAGGCAUCGCAACUGAGCAAGGCUGACAAGAGACUAUGGAAGCGUAUCUGGUGGACACUUUUCACCCGUGAUCGAUCCGUGGCGGUUGCGCUGGGACGACCAUGCAAUAUCAAUCUCGACGACUCGGAUGUUGAAAUGCUGACUGAAGACGAUUUUAUUGAAGACGAGCCAGACAACGCGAGCGGAGUUACCCCUGAUCCUAUACAUGUUCAAUUCUUCCUACAGUACGUCAAGCUUUGCGAGAUCAUGGGCUUAGUCCUAUCUCAGCAGUAUUCUGUGGCAUCCAAGGGCCGACGCCAGAAUGCUAUCGAUCUCACUCACAGUGAUAUGGCUUUGGCCGAUUGGUUACAGAACUGUCCCAAAUUGGUAUAUUGGGAGAUGCCGCGACAUCAUUUCUGGAGCGCAUUGCUUCAUUCCACCUAUUAUACUACUCUUUGUCUACUACACCGGGCGCACAUGCCUCCUAAUAGUAGUAGUAGCGCUGCCAGGUUUCCAGACGACUCUUCUUACCCUUCGCGAAAUAUUGCUUUUCAGGCUGCAGGGAUGAUCACGUCCAUCAUUGAGAACCUAUCGGCGCACGAUGAGCUUCGUUACUGCCCUGCGUUUAUCGUCUAUAGCUUAUUCUCCGCUCUCAUCAUGCACGUAUAUCAGAUGCGGUCACCUGUCUUCUCCAUCCAGCAAGUUACACAAAUUCGGAUUCGGACCUGUAUGGAAGCUCUUAAGGAGGUGUCUAAGGUAUGGCUAGUAGGCAAGAUGGUCCACACCCUAUUCGAAUCAAUAUUGGGCAAUAGAAAUAUGGAAGAGAGGUUACAAAAGGCUGUUGGCAGGCAUCAUAGGAAAGUUCAACAAAGCUUGGCUCAGCUGGAGCAGCACCAGCAAAGACAGCAAGAAGCUACUAAACGGAAAUAUGAUGAGAUGGCUAUCGACUUCAGUAUAAAUACACCAGUGCAUCAGGAAUCGUACGAGCGGUCGCGUCCGCAAACUCCCAGGAACGAACCGAUCCAAAACCAACCACCACACAUGGGCCCGCCUAUCAACUCACCGAAUGCUAGGUCUGGAGACACUUUCAUGGGCACUAAUAGCAGACCGCAUACCCGACCGGCAACCCCGUUCAACCCGUCCUUCUCCGUCCCAACUACGCCUCCGGACCUCUAUCUUGUGACUCGCAACUCACCAACCCUUUCGCAAUCCCUGUGGGAGAAUUUCCAACCGGAUCAGCUUUUCCCUGAGAGUUCUCACAUGCCGAUGCCGCAAAUGUCGCCGCCGCAGAAUCAACAAAGUCUCGACCCGAGUCUUGUGAAUCCGAUACAGGCCGGUAUGUCACCGCAGUCGCCUAGGCAGACCAACCAGUUCCAACCCCGGAUACCGCCGAACAAGGCCGGCGUUACGAGUCCCCCGCAGGCUAACAACUUCUUACAACCAGGAAUUGCAGGAUACCAGUCCCAGACGAACAAUCUGUGGGCGGGAGGCGACGUCAACACGGGAAUGCCGGAUGGCCAAAGUCCAAGUGAUAGCUGGAGUACCGGGUCCGGACAGCAGCCUGUGCCGGCUACCUUGAAUGUCGAAGAUUGGUUCCAAUUCUUCGGUAUUAACGGGAGCGAUGUAAACUUUUCUGGCUUGGAGAUGCCCAUGGGCUGAGGCUGCCCUGCUGUACAAUCAUACAAUGAUAUUUCUGAUGCUCUCUCGGUUCAUUUUCCUGGUCUUUUUUUCAGGGCACGAUUGACGUGGUAUCAUGUAAGUGGGCUUAUGCUGUCAUGUUUGCUAGGAGUUACGGUGGGCUUCUUAAGGAUCGAAGCUAUGCGAACAUAUUGGAAAAUGGCCUUGUUUAAGUACUUAUGAAUAUAUAUGGAUGGGACAUAAUCGCCUAUGAACAAAAUUAUAUAUAUACAUUUAUAUUUACACGGAAAUGCGCAAAAGCGUACGUGUAGUAAUAGAAAUAUUACACAAUAAGGAAAAAUCUUGGUUGCAAGAUAAAUACAAUAC